AUGUGGCGCGCUUUCUUGGAUCGUCUUCCGACCAAGACGGCUCUUGCCCGAAGACAUAUUAAUAUUGAUGAUCUUUCGUGUGUGUGGUGUGAGGAUGCUGAAGAAAAUAUAGAACAUGUUCUGACAGGUUGCGCCAUUGCUUCGGGGGUGUGGAACUCUCUAGCUAGUUGGUGUAAUAUUCCUAGACCGUUCGUCUUUCAUGUCAACGAUUUGGUGGAGCUUCACGAGCAUAGCGGGGUGACGGGUAUUAAGAAGAAGGUCCUCCAGGGGAUAAUUAUCAUAGCUUGUUGGAGAUUGUGGAGAGCUAGGAAUGACAAGGUUUUCGAUAGUAAGGCGCCCAUGGUGACGGAGUUGGUUGCGGACAUAAAGUCAUUGGGUUUUCUUUGGUAUAAACAUAGAUUUAAAGCGGGGGUAGUGGAUUGGAGUAGAUGGUGUUUGUUUGAUGUAACGUAA